AUGCUCAUGACUCUCGAUGCUCGCCUUCUAUCAUUUACAAACCAUCUCAACUUCAUCUUUCAAGACCAAAUCAAGUCAUCCGCGGCACUCGAAACCAUGUCAACAGCAGAAUCCAUCCCAAAAGUCCUCAACUCAUUUACUGAGAAGUGGUCCCCACGCCUUGUCGCAGCAAUCAACGACCACCACGUCAAAGUUGCCAAAAUAGAUGGCGAGUUCAUCUGGCACUCACAUCCAAAUUCCGACGAACUCUUUUAUCUCCUGGCUGGCAAGUUGACCAUCGAGCUCGAAGGCCUGGACGAUGUUAUGAUGCAGGUUGGCGACAUGUUUGUCGUCCCAAAGGGCAUCAGACAUCGUCCUGUUGCGGAAGAGGCAACCAUCAUGAUGAUGGAACAUGAAUCUACAAUUAAUACUGGGGACGAAAGCAGUUCGGAAAGAACGGUUCAAGUCAAGGAUGCUCGUGGGCAGUCUUGA